CCAGGCGAUGUUUAAUAACUUUAAGACUAUGUGUACUUGGGAGUCGAGGUACAAUUUGGUCAUUGGGACCACAUUUGAGAGGAAGGCAUCCACCAAACUGUCUAGCUGGCUAAAGAAAGUUUGGGAUAGUGGUGAACGUCCCGGUUGGAUGUUGCCUCAUGUUUUUGAUGAAUUGGGUCAGUAUUGGAACACAGACAAGUUUAAGGCAAUAUCAGAUCAAGCCAAAAAGGCUAGAGGCAGUCUUAAAGGUGGCUCGUUGCACACCGGAGGUGCAAAGACAGUUGGAACAAUUGCACGAGAGAUGGAAAAAGAAUUGGGACGCACUCACAUUGAACCAGAGGUUUUCAAGGAAGGCAGAAAAUGA